CCGGCCUCUCAGCAGAGGAUGUGUCUGGGAGAGAGAGUGUGUGUGAGGGUGAAAGAGGAAAGCCGUCAGUAGAAUGGAUAUGUGCCCUGUCUCCUCCACCCUUUCUUCUCCUUCUUCUUCUUCUUCUUCUCCUCCUCCUCCUCCACUGUGUCAUCUGUGUCUGUCUUUACCGCUCUGUGGCAGUGUUGCACCCUGGGUACCCUCAGUGCCAGCCCUCGGGGACAAGGAGACUCUGCAGCUGAAAACUGACCUUCAAUGUCAGCGGGGGAUCAGAAGAGUUUUGGGGACAAACCAGAAGACAGGGUGUCAGUGGUUGAGAUAUGGCCAGAAGUGGCAAGGGCGGAGUGCUUGGCCCGAGGUGCUGCCUUGAAGUGGGCUUCAGGGGUUUUCUGCCGACCUGAGCAUCUGGAGCGCCUGAGCCAGUACAGGAAGAGAGAGAGUCAGAGGACAACCUCCAUACACACCAGACUAAAGUCCAUGGUCCAGUCGUACCUGGAGGGGGUAGGUUGGGGUCUGGAGCAGCUCAGGGAGGCCAGGACGGAGCUUAAGGAGGUGUCACACACUUUGAAGAAAGCUGGACUGGAGUCCAAUGGAAACACAGAGGGGGUGAAGUCUCUGGAGAGGCUGAGAGAAGUGUCCGUCAAUCACAGUCAGCUCCUCUCUGCCGUCAGCAACCUGCCACGACUUUACUCUGUGCGUAGCAUGGUGUUGGAGACAGAGCGUCUGGUGGAGUCCCGGCGACUCCUGGAAGCCCACGCCCGGCUGAUGGAUCUGGAGCGCUGGCAGGAUGACAUCCUCUGGCAGCUCCAUGGAGCCACAGGAAAUGGGCUCAGCACAGAAGACCAGGAGCUGGUGGACAAGUAUUUCUCUGGUGUCGGACAGCUGGUGGACGCUUUGGGUAAGGAGCUGUGGGCGGUGGUGAGCAGUAGUCUGGCUCUGGCUCGACAAAACCCCACUCCAUUUGUUUCAGCUGUGAGGAUAGUGGAGCGGGAGGAGACCCUGGACCGAGCUUUGCUGGAGGAGCGAGGGGGAAACAGAGGCAACGCACGUCCCCUGCCCCGUGGGAGACCUCGCUGCUGGAGAGCAUGCUUCUUCCAGGUACUUGAGGAGGCGGUUUCUGCCCGCUUUCGCAGUGUUUCCUACCUGCACACUCGAGGUCCAGGUCUGGCAGGCCACCUUUCUGCCCUCCAGCACGGUAUCAUGGCUGACCUUACCACCGUACGCCACCUGCUGGAGCACUGCGUCCCCUCACACUAUCAGCUGACGGGAGCCUACCUGAGGGCCAGCCACCGCUGUUUACACGCUCACCUGGCACAGGUUAGCAGCUGGGACCUGGAGAGUGGAGAAAUCUUUGCUGUGCUUAACUGGGUGCUCCACAUCUUCACCAGUCCUGACAUGAUGGGUCAUCCCGAGCUGGCGGGUGUGAUGGAGAAAGAAGAACUGGGACCUCUGAUCGCUCCUGAAGGGCUGGAGCAGCUGCAGAACAAAUAUGUGCAGAGUGUUCGAAAGAGCGUAUCAGAGUGGAUGCACAAAGCGCUUCAGGUGGAGCUCCAGGACUGGCAGAGAGACCAGGAGCCCGAUACAGACCAUGAAGGUUUCUACCACACCAGCCUGCCCACUAUCAUCACACAGAUGUUGGAGGAGAACGCUCGGGUGGCUCUGAUGAUUGGCGAGUCCUUGCGGGAUCAGAUCAUACAGAUGGGACUGUAUGAGAUGGAGAACCUUCUUAACAGGUUUCGAGAAGCACUGGUGGAAUUUGGGAAGGAGCAUCGCAGGGAUCCAAGCAACAGAAAAAACAAGUUCUACCUCCACUACCUGCUGGCCUCCAUCAGCAACUGCAUCAUCCUCAAACAGUCCACAGAGAGCCUGCGGCAGCAGCAGUCGUCCCGCAUAGUGAGCCAGUUCUCUCGGACUCCUCCAAACCCUCUGGCAGCGCUUGACCGGGCGGUGAGACGAGCGUGUCGCCUGGUGAUGGAUCAGCUCCUGCUGGACCUUCAGCCUCUCCUCCCAGGCCUGCUGACCCGACCCUGGCUGGUCCAGGGAGAACCCGUCCCCAAACUCUGCCACGUCCUGGAGCGUCACCUGGAGCUGUACAGCCGUGUUCGACCUCCCUGCAGAGAGCGUCUGCAGGAGGAGGCCCAGUGGCUGAUGGUGGUGGAGUAUGUCCGGGCUCUGAUGCAGAAGAGGCUGGUGUGUCGGGGCGCAGACGAGAGGAAGCAGCUCGCUCAGCAGAUGGUUCAAGACGAGCAGCUGUUCAGAGAGAUGUUUCACGGCCUGGAUGGUGAAGGGUCAGUGCCUGAAGUGAAUCCUCUGGCCUUACUCCCCAUCCUGGCUGAUUUCAUCCGACUGAAAGACCCCGGAAUGCUAACCCUGGAAGUUACCGGACUUGUAGCCAAAUACCCUGACAUCGGUGAAGAGCAUGUUUCUGUGCUGAUGGACAUUCGAAGUGACGUUUCCAGGGACAUCAGAGGGUCUGUGCUGGACUUGUUGGAGCAGAGUGCCCCCCCUCUCCCUGCAGGGUACCGGCCCAUCUUCACUGACAUCCUGGUGCGCCCCUCGUCCCUGGUCUUCUGCCUGCCCACUGCCAAGUGUGCAUGAAACUGUGAAACCUGAAUUGGACUUUAAAAUCUGGUCUGAAAGAUAAUCAAGCCGAGAGCUUGCAGCACAUCAUAACUCAACGAUCUGAAGGACCAGUAAGAAACACGAUGAGGAGUUUCAAGCUUUGUUUAAAGGAACCUUUGUGUGAUCAUGUUCACAUGCAUGUUGUUCAUCAAUGGACCAUCAUUUGUUACACACUGAGAUCUGCCUUGUGCCACCAUCACUGUGUUCUUGUGUUUCCCACAGAAGUCUCUUCAAGCUUUGACUUGGCUGCAUCCUUAUUCUUUGGGGGAAAUGUGGAGUGUUCAACAAAGUUUUCUGUGAGGAUAAAUGACUGUUUUUGACAAUGGAGUCUGGUGGCUUUGAAGAGUAUGAUGAAAUAUGAUUUUCUGGUAAAUAGAAGUACCUUGCUCUUUAACACCAAGGUCUGUCAUUAUGAAUUAAUUCUCUUGUGUUUCAGACACUAAACAAACUGUCUCAGCCUGUCAGUUGUGAAAAGUGCAUGUCAUGUGAUCGCCACUUUGGACAUCAGGGAUCAAAUUGUAGCCUGUUUUGCAGCUGCCAGCUGAAGCAAUCUCAUGGAUCAAUUAAAAAAAAAUUUUUGUUCUUGUUAGUCGUUUAGAUCCCUUAUUUGAUUUUAAAAAAUAGGGCCCCAUUUAAAAACCGUGGCAUUUUUCUUUGAUGAUAUCUACGGAGCCCCUGAAGUCCCCAAACAUUUUUUUUUUAAAUAAUAUCAUCUGUGCACAAGUUUUUUUUUUACUUUUUGGGACUUCAGGGGCUCCGUAGAUGUCUGUUGUGUGAGUAGGAAAGUCUGACAUUUUAGUUUUUUUUCCUUACAGUUUACCUGGGGGUCUGGAUGGUGACUUUCUGGUCCAGGUCUAACUGUAGUAUCUGAUGUGUCUUUAACAAUCAGACAUCCUGUAACAUGGCGUCAGUAAACUGCACUCAGUGCUCUAAGAGGACCCACUUGGUCAUUGCAUAAUGAUAACAAAUAAACGAUGUAACUCUAUAGGAUUUAUUUGCUGUUUACAGGUUACAGAUUUAAUUGAUAGUAUUUUCUACUGAACAAAAGCUCGAACACCUCCAAUAAAAUUCAUUUUACCAUCAUUGUAUUUUGGAGGCAGACAGAAAAACUCCACUCACAAAAUAAACAGUAUCCAAAUAUUCAAGGUCUACUCAACUUAAUGUAUUGAACUGCAACACCUCUUAUAUUUCCUGCUGAAAACAAACAUUUGUAGUUUACACUAGCAAAUGAAUUUGUGCAAACUAUACCAUGUUCAUUUCAUUCCAAGGAAUCAAGGAUUUGAAAGUAAGUCAAAAUAAAGGCUUAUUUGGAUAUAUUCUACAAAUUAAAUUUAAAAAAUGGUCACCAUAUGAGAAACUUAUCUGAAUGGUUGUUUUUGCAGGAUGUAAGAAAUUAACAGAGAUACACUGUUUCAGUUACAACAUGAGAGUAGUGAAAGAAUAAUUUAUGUUCUGUCACAUCUGGACAUUAAAAUGAUCAUUUACUGCCAAGGCUCCUGGACUGGGAUCUAUCUACCUGAAGAACUUGGGCAGCUUAUUUAUAAAAUCACGUUUUUUUAUUUUUUAUUAACUUGUCUUUGUAUGUCUCAUCUCCCUUUGUUGUUGAUAUUGAGUAUUAUAUUUUGAAUCUUUAUGUAUAUUUAUUGUAUUUAUAUUCCUUUUCUUGUGUUUUUUCUGUUCUUUAGUCUGAGAAUAUAUUACAACAUCUGUUCCAAUAAGGCACAUUGUAUACUGUGAGCAUAAAUGACUAAAUAAAUGCUUUGUAAAAAC